AUGGUGGAAACCAAACAAUGGAAGGAGGUCAAGGGGCCCCUUUCCAUAAGCCUGGGCAUUACAGCGCUGGUGUGGCUGCUGCUCUUUGUGGUGGUCAUCCUUGACCCGACAGGACACCAUGCUGGCAGCAACGAGCUUGACCAAGCAGCAUCCUCCACUCAGACCUUGCCAGUCACAGGCAAUGCUCAAGGGCCGCUGCAGGGGGCAAAGGGGGCUGUGAAGAGCUCGGGAUAUACACCCGAGCGCCCCCGGACGGUGCCCUUUGAUUUCAGCUAUGCAAAGGGGUCAGAUGAUCUGCCCCUAGACCGGCCGCCGCUGGCCAAGAUUGCCUCAGAGGUGGAGCCGGAGCAGAUACACAUUGCGCUGGCCGGCGAGGGCGCUAUGUACAUCUCUUGGGCAACAGGGAAUGCUAGCGUAGUGGAGGGUCUUCCCCGAAUAGUCUCCAGGCACACGCUGGCAUCUGUGGUGGUGUACGGCAAUGAGAGCGGCUGGUAUGACGGUGUGGCGAGCGGGGAGGCGACUGCGUAUGUGCAGACGUACCCGGAUUUUAGCUACAUCUCUGGGACAUUCCACCACGUGCGGCUGACUGGGCUGCAACCCAAUGCCAGCUACUACUUCAAGUGCGGCGACCCCGGGGUGGCGAUGAGCCGCGAGCUGCGCUUUGCCACGCCGCAGCCGCCCGGGCCGGCCGCCUUCCCGCAGCGCAUUGGCGUCAUCGCAGACCUGGGACAGACCCACAACUCCAGCGCCACCCUCCAACACCUCAUCCAGUCGCAGCCGCCGGUGGUUCUCUUGGUGGGGGACCUGACCUACGCAGACAACUAUUUCACCAACGGCACGCUUCGGCCGCCAAUGACACCGCCAAAGGCUUACCAGGAGACUUACCAACCGCGCUGGGAUGCCUGGGGCCGAUUUGUGGAGCCGCUCGUGCCCAUGAUGGUGGUGGAGGGCAACCAUGAGGUCGAGGCUGACUCAGCAGGCAAGAGCUUCCAGGCCUACAACGCCAGAUACCGGGUGCCCCAUGCGGAGAGCGGCUCUGACUCGCCCCUCUACUACUCCUUCGAUCUCGCAGGGAGCCACAUUCUGAUGCUGGGGGCAUACGCCGAUUGGGGGGAGGGGAGCGAACAGUACAGGUGGCUGGUCGCUGACCUGGCGGCUUACAAUCGCAGCAGGACCCCCUGGCUCAUCGCCACGUUUCACGCCCCCUGGUACAACACAUAUAUUGCGCACUACAAGGAGCUGGAGUGCAUGCGGAUUGCAUUGGAGCCGUUGCUGUACGAACAUGGGGUGGACAUCAUUUUUGCGGGGCAUGUGCAUGCGUAUGAGCGCUGCAACCGCGUGUACAAUUACACCGUCGACCCUUGCGGCCCUAUUCACGUCACCAUAGGGGACGGAGGCAAUAUAGAGAAGCUGUACACGGAUUGGGUGGAUCAGCCGCCCAGCAACUGCCCGCUGCCGGGCACUGCGGCCUGCCCAACCCUGCAGGAGGGCAGCUUCUGCCCUGCCCAGCAGCCGCCCUGGUCCGCCUACCGGGAGCCGAGCUUUGGACAUGGUAUCCUGGAGCUGGCGAGUACCACAGAGGCGACUUGGACGUGGCACAAGAACCAGGACAGCGUGGCUGUGGCCUCAGACACCGUCAAGAUCAGGCGAAACUUGCAGUGUACAAACCAGCAGGAGCGGAGAAGAUGA